AAAGAUCGUGUCGUCAUUCUCUCUCAAACAUGGCGGCGUAAAUAAUGUUCUGUUGUACUUGCGUGUCCGAGUUUGCGAAAAUGUCUGAAUUCAAGCUGUUUUCUUCCUCCUGCAUUGAGAAAUCUGAUAGUUGCUGUCAUCGCCUUUCCAUUGGAUAUAUUUUGAGUGGUGAUCUUUGUGUCAGAGACGAUUCUUCUGUGCCUGAAACCAACCCCGUCCGGAUAAGGAAGAAAAUCGGACCCCCGCGCGCCGUUUUGGGAACAGCUGCUGAAAUUGGAUUAAUCCAUUGUUGUGCUGCCUCAAGAGGGAUCGAAGAGUUUUAUUAGAGUGAACUUGUGAACAAUGUUACCUGCUAGAGGAAACUCCUACGAGGCCAUGAACACGAAGCUUUGUCUGUUUAGUGAAAUCAUCACAAUGGUACCUUGGCCCUUGAAGAAAGAUUUUUAAACAAGUGUCUUCAGUGUCACUUUUCUGAAAUGGCGCUACCAAUGGGCUUGUGUCCUGACAGCAAGAGGAGUUUAAAUUUCUGCUUGCUUAAGAAGAAUCAAAAUACUACAAUGUUGGACAAAAGUGGAGGUUGUGCAGUUUUCUCCACUUCAAGUCCCUGCUCACCCGCUGAUAUUGGGCUCAGCAAGACAUCAAAAUUCCCUGCGUGUUUGCCUCAGCCGUCAUUCCAUACGAGGACUUUAUUGACAAAUUCUUUUAUAGUAGGUGGAUUCCUUGGAAGUAAGAGUCAAGGACGAUCAACCAAUAGUCCCCUAAGUGUUUUGGAUAUUAUUCCAGAUUUAUUUAGCGUUGCUGAGUGUUUGCAUAAUUUCCAGCAUUGUAAUUUUAGCUCAGUUUCAUCUCCUCCCAAAAAGAAAUUUGCUAAAGGGGAAAGCCUUUCUAAUUUAGCAUUGAUUAAUACUUAUGAAUUUCCUGUGAUUGAAGACAAGACCUGUGAAGAAAGUAGAGUAGACAGCUCGAAGCAAUCGUAUGCUGAAGUAGCCAAAGCUGCCACUGGCAAACCAAGUGUAUCCGAAAGCAGCAAGGGAUCUAAAGGCUUGGCAGACGCUUGCUCAAAGCAGAACACACCUAGAUCUGGUUCAAGAAAGGACUGCGCUAGACGCCGCUCCGACACCGCAGAUCACCGAAGCAGUAGAAGAAAGUCCAACAAGCGGGAACGAAGCGAGAGUUCAUCUUCAAGAAAAUUGUUUCCUGGCAGCAUACCAUCACCAUCCACAGAGUCUCAACUAGAACCCUUCAAAGAUCUUCGAUUGUGUCAGCAGGAAAAACAUUUCAGCCAACUCCAAAGUGCUGCCAGUAAUAGAAAUUCUAGGAAAUCAGAAAGACAUUUUAGUUCUUCAACCAAUCCUAAUAAAAGAGAUCGUUUGCACAGUGACCAAAUAGAGGGUAAACACCGUCCCAAGAGGCGAUCAAACUAUCGCACCCAUUGUGAUAACAAGCGUGGUAACCGUGCUAAGAAUUUUGACUGUGAUAUUGAUAAAAUUAACUGGAGAACUGGUGAACCUAUUUCUGGCAAAAUGGGUCCUCAAAAUGAUUAUGUGAAUGGUGAAGAUUAUUUGGCUGACCAAUCGUGCAACAACAGCUGCACCAGUGAACAAUCUAACGAAGUUUGCACAGGAGAACCAAGGAAGCCUGAUUUAAUGUCAGAAAUCUCCUGGCAUGAGCUCCCAAGUGCAUCUCCUAGAUGCCGACGUCGCAGUCUAUCUGAAUGUUCUGUUGGCAGUGAAGACAGUUUCAUUGUCUUCCAGUCUGGAGGAGCACCUUCUGACUCCCUUUCUGACCAGGGCAGUGAUUGGAGUGACUGUGAUUCUGAUGACUCGUUUGAAAGCGAUUCUGAAAUGUCAGAUGAGGAUGAUAUGUGCGAUGGACUGUAUACUUCUGCAUCAAGGCUCAAAGAAGUCAAUGACCAUUGGCAAAGAGAAUAUGAAGCUAUUAAGGAUCCUGCACAGAGUAUCAGUGGCAAAAAGGUUUGCUUCAGUACUUCCAAACCGACUAUUCAUCGAAUGCUUGCGUGGGACUUCGCUUACCGUAUGUCACGGCCUGGACCCUGGGAAGCAAUGGGUCGGGAUCGUGAGCGCUUCAGGGCCCGGAUUCGUCAAUAUGAGGCAAUUUUAUCUCCAGUGUUGACUUCUGAGCACAGAAAUAAAAUCUGGAAUAGGUUUCACUCCUAAUGCUAUGUACCAAUAUUCAUUUGAAGUGGUUAAAAAGAUGGUUGUUUAAAUUUUGGUGAAUUAUUUUGUCAAUGGGGUAUUCUGCUGAAUUCUGAAACAGAAGUUAUAAAGAACUAAAGAAGCCGUCAAACUACUUCUGCACUUGUGCAGAAGUUGUUUGGAAUGGGUCAAUACAAUUUUAUGCAAUUUGAGGACUUUUUUCAUUCCUCUUCCUUCCACUGUAGAAUUCAGCAGAACACCCGAUUACCAAUAAACAAUCGUUUUCAAUAGUCUCUCUGCAAACUUGGUCUUGAAAUGUGAUUCCAUGUCAUGUACAAUCUUAUGCAUUUUGUGUUAAGGAAUCAUUGUGAAUGUGAUGAAACUUAAAUUCUGUCAACAGCAAUAUUUUCUUUUAGAUGCUGAAUAUUUUUACUAGUCUAAUUUUGUGUGUCUUCUUUUUUCUGGUAAAAUUAAGUUAUUUGUGUUAUGUGCUCAGCCCAUCUUAUUUUUCCUCAUUAUUCCAUGGCCUAGUGCUUAAAAUUUAAGUGUUGCUUUUACUUUUCCAAAUAAUUAUAAAUUUGUUAUCACAAAAAACAUUUUAUUUCCAAACACCUUGGUUUCUUUACCUCGACAUUAUUUUGAUCAAGCACCCAUGAAUGUCAAAUCCCAAAAUGAUAAAUGUUGCACAAUAUGUUCUAAGGAGUGCCCUCACUUUCUAUAUUUGUGUUUGGGUGUUGGGCUCUUUUCAUGAUGAUUUUGAAACCAAAUGAAUGAUGUUUGGACCUGGAUGCACACAAGUUGGUUGGAUUUUAUCUUGUGUUAAGUGAAGGUGACUUACUUCAAUAAUAGUAGGUUGCAUCUCUAGUACCAUAUAAUCUCUUAGCACAUAGUUACCAGAUCAUCUUGAUAGUCCAGUACUACCAAAUUUCAAAAGGGGACUUAUGUGGGUUUCUUCUUAAUUGUUGUGCUAUGCACUGCUUAUCUAUCUUUGUUUUAUUUUGAUAGUUUGUGCAUUUAACUAUCAUGUAAAAAAUGAGUCAUUUAAACAAAAUUAAAAUUUUUCUCCUUGUUGGGAAGUAUUUGGUUUGCCUUUAUGUCCUUUCUAAGCAGCAUGUGAAGCAAUUUGCAUUGGAACUUUGUUUUAUGGGUUACUAUUAGCUUUAGAGUUAUUGAGCUUUCACUGAAGUAAUUCUUAUAAAUUGCUUAUGCCUGGAUUACGUUUUGUGUCCUUACAUUUGUGAUUCUUCAGUAAUGUAAUCCACAAACAUAAUAUUAUUUGUAACUGCUGUGCAGAAAUAUAAUAUAUACAAUAAUAAUA